ACUUACACUUUGGGGUAAGGACUAUGAUAUGUAUGCAUUGGGUCAGGUCAGGGCAGAGCAAGGCAGGGAGGAACUCGAGUGCUUGGGAGUACUUUUUGAGGUUGCUAUAUCAGGAGAGGCGCGAUGUCACUACAGAUGAUCGUUGAAUUUUCUGCCCUAUCACUCCAGUCAGCCACUAGAUUAGCUCAACAUUGGGCCUUCGAGAUGCUCGCCGACUCCAGGAAGACCCAAUGUAAGAUACCGUACCCGUCUCGUAGCUCUCACCUCCCACUCUCAUCCAAGUCUUGGCAGCCCCAGCCAUUCAUCAUAUUCGUCGGACAGAUCUUUGGCGUGUCUCCUCUCUGCAUCUUCUCUAGCAAAAUCAUCACCACCUUCAAUUACAGCCACGUCCGCAUCAGGACUAUCAUCAAUAAACAGAUCCUUGUAAAUCGACAUGACUCGAAAUUUAUUGCAUCGCAGCGUUGAAGACACGCCGCCAUGCCAAACUAAGCGCACCACCACUGUACGUCUUGAUCUCAUCGAUGAUUCUU